GUUCAGUUAUCCUGCGUAAAUGAGGAGGCAAGUAAUGUUCAGGUCCUAGAAAAGACUGUCAUUUCUGAAGAAACCGCAGUACCUUGUUUAGACAAUGCUGUAGUUAUAGAUGAACACAAGCAUGAAGUCCGUCUCAGUGUAGUGCAAGUCAGUGUUGAGGGAGAAAAAGGAAGUGAACUUAAAAGCAUUGAUAUCCCAAAACAGGAAAUUGAAGCGAGGGUUGAGCCAGAAGAAAAAGUACCAGUGGAAGAUGCCAAAACUGAACAUGUUCAAGAACUACAUGUAUUGCCAUCUGAAGUACAAGAUAUUGUAACUGAAACUAAAAGUGAGGAAGGGGCAUCAAUGUACAUGCAUGUAGUCACAGAAAGUACUGAGGGAGGCAGUGCUCAGGAACUUGAAAAGUUUGUAUUGUUAGAAGAUGUUCCCACACCAGACGCUGACAAUGUCAUUAUUUUAGUUACAGAUGAAACUGAGAGUGAAGUUGUGUCACAACUGGAUCAGCCUUUAGAGAUAUCAAGGGAGCAGAAAACGGAGAGUAUCCCAAAAGAUGUUGAACAGAAAGACUGUAUCCCUGAAGAUGUAGACGAGUUACAAAGAAUAACAGCAGUUCAGUUAUCCUGCGUAAAUGAGGAGGCAAGUAAUGUUCAGGUCCUAGAAAAGACUGUCAUUUCUGAAGAAACCGCAGUACCUUGUUUAGACAAUGCUGUAGUUAUAGAUGAACACAAGCAUGAAGUCCGUCUCAGUGUAGUGCAAGUCAGUGUUGAGGGAGAAAAAGGAAGUGAACUUAAAAGCAUUGAGAUCCCAAAACAGGAAAUUGAAGCGAGAGUUGAGCCAGAAGAAAAAGUACCAGUGGAAGAUGCCAAAACUGAACAUGUUCAAGAACUACAAGUAUUGCCAUCUGAUGUAAAAGAUAUUGUAACUGAAACUAAAAGUGAGGAAGGGGCAUCAAUGUACAUGCAUGUAGUCACAGAAAGUACUGAGGGAGGCAGUGCUCAGGAACUUGAAAAGUUUGUAUUGUUAGAUGUUCCCACACCAGACGCUGACAAUGUCAUUACUUCAAUAACAGAUAAAACUGAGAGUGAAGUUGUGUCACAACUUGAUCAGGCUUUAGAGAUAUCAGGGGAGCAGAAAACGGAGAGUAUCCCACAAGAAGUUGAGCAGGAAAACUGCAUCCCUGAAGAUGUAGAUGAGUUACAAACAUUACCAGCAGUUAAUUUAUCUUCUAUAAAUGAGGCGGCUAGCAAUGUUCAGGUCUUAGAAAAUACUGACAAUGACAAUGCUGCAGUUACAGAUGAACACAAAUAUGAAGACCAUGAAAGUGAACUUCCAAGUACUGAGAUAAAGACUGUUGCAAUUGAGCAUGCCGUAGUGGCGCAAGUAGUCACAUGCAAUCUCAAGGAGGUGUUGGUUGCAAUACCUGAUGUUUUGAUAGAGAAAACAUCAGACAUUACUGAACCCUUGAUAGAUAGAAUGGCAAGUGAGCAAGUAUUCAGGGAGGAAGUUGAGAGCGCCACACCAUUAGUGAAAGAUGAGGAAGGCAGUCUUGAAACAGUUGUGGAGUCACUGCUAGAGGUAGGGGUAACAGAAGCCAAAGAAGUCAUUGAUGUUUGUCAUGAAACAGUUAAAAGGGUAGAAAUUCUCUCCACAACUCCAGAGACUGAAGAGGGAUUAAUUAAUGAGGAAAAGCAUGUGACCAUUCAAGAAGUUUUUCAACAUAUAAAGGAGAACUUACCAGAGACAGUACCUCAAUCAGUGGUUGUCAGCUUUGAACAAGAAGUCAAACAACAUCACGAUGCCAUGACAGAAGUGAGUGAAUUGGUUGAAAGUGAAUCAAAUGAAAUGAAGGAUCAAGAAGCAAUGAAGAGUAGUAUUGGAACAUUGAGGGGAAGACAAGAAGCACCCACUGUCAUGAAUGAUGAGUUUGCAACUGAACAAGUGUCAGAUGAUUGCAUGCAAACAUCUGAUAUUCCAGGAAGUUUAGAUGUCUCCAUUCAUGGUCACAAAGAAGAUUUGGAUGUAACUAAAGAUGAAUGGGAACAAUCAGAAGCAGGCGUCACAGCAAAUGAGGUCAAACCACCAUCAGAGGAAUUAGACGUGAAAACAAAUUCUGAACAAGCACCAACUCCACAAAUUGCUCAAAGUCUGAUUGUAACACCUAGUAACACGGGAUUAGUAAUACCCCAAAACACUGGAAUAAUCUCGUCAAUAGGUAAUGUGGAGUCCCCUUCAAGUCUUUCUUUAGAAUUCAAACUUAACAUACAGUUUGGGCAAGCAAAGGCACCAGCUUCCUCAUCAACAACAACAGAGAGAACAGAACCUGUGAAACAGAUGUCUGAGGUUGGAGUUCAGGCAGUAGAGGCCGUUAAACCAAUAAAUUUAACACAAAGAGAUGAGAGCCAGAAACAGACAGAGCUAACUGAGGUUGCUGUUCAGGUAAUCACAGAACCAGCGACACACUUAGAUUCAACAGAAAGACCCGUAAUCACGUCUCAACCUGUACUGCUGGAUAUCGGCAUCCAAGCGAUGGAAAAAGUAGGAUCCGAAGAACAAAUCAAAUCAACAGAUACAGAAAUCUCCAGUGUCCAGGCAACAGAAACAUUACAGGCAGUAGGGCAAACAGAGAAAAUAGAAGUGUUCUUGAGUCAGCCAGUACUCUCUGAAGGUUGUAACCAAGAAACAAAAGCAGAGGAGCCUGUUAAACAAGAGGAGGAAAAUGACCAGGAUGUGUGGAUGGAUGCUGAGGAAGUCAUUUAUACUCAAAAGGAAACAGAGGUGUCCCUUUUUGAGGUGGAGGAAUCUCCAGGGCCUCAGGCAGAAAGUAACACAGAGGAAAAAGCAGGACUUCAACACGAGGUUGAAAUGGCUUCUUAUUCCAAGACUGAAGAAGAUGGAAGUCAACAAGAAAUGCACAGAACAGGAGGAAUGUGUGAAAUUGAGAGUGACGGUGAAGAUUUUGCUGUUGCACUUGAGCAUCCUGAAACGGCAACUGCAAGCAUCACUACGAUGGAGUGGGAUUAAUUUUGUUCACUGUCACUGACCGGUGGGACAAUCAAAAAGGACCGGUAGAGGAAAACUACAGGAAACAGAAUUUUGCUACUUUAUUUUGAAAUUAUGUUCAGCCAAAUAUAAACCAACAUUUAUUGGUAAACCUUGUGAUUGUGAAGAUUAUUUUAUUAAUAGCAUAAGGUGUGUGGUCAGAGAGAUCUGGCAAGAGAAGCAUCAACCGGAAAAGUACUUAUCUUCUCAGGUGGUAUGAAGUAUGAUUCUAGACAGUAAAAUACUAAUUUUAAUAAAUCGAAUUAAUUCUUUGCUAUAGAGUGCAAUCUAUCACCUAUCAUGUAAAGUAUUUUCAAUCAUAAAUCAUAUUUUUGCAAAGAUCUAUAUCGAUCAAUUUUUUAUUUGAAUAUAUAUGUAUGAGGAGAAUAAGACAUCAUUUUCAUUUCAUUUGAGUUAGCUUUUUUUUUUUUUUUUUUUU